UCGAAUCUCUCUCUCUCUCUCUGUUUCUGUUUCUGUUUGUGUAGCUCUGUAUCAAAAAGAAGAGGAAGAGGAAGAGCUUCGAAAUGGCAUUGACGAACUUGAUACUGACGGUGGCCGGUGUGAGUGCAGUGAUAUUACUGCUGAGGAGCGAUGUCAAAAAAUCUGCCACCAUCUUUAGGCGCAACGUCAAGCACAUCCGCCAUUGGCUCGAAGAAGAAUCCGCCUCUGCCUCCAAGUCAGCGGAGAAGGCAGUUCCCAAGGAAUUGGAAACAAAGGUUCCUCCAAAAGACAUUCCCAAGGAGGACAAACACUAAUGUGUCUAUAUAGGGAGCCUGGUGUUGUCUACGUGAGUUACCUAGUUGCUCCUUUUUGCCUUUUUUUUUUUCAAAAUAUUUUAUGGUUUAUUUAGAAAUAGUCUUGUUGAAAUGUUCGGGUAUAUUGUAUGCACUUAAAUUAUCUUAAUUCUGGUUUUAGUAGACUCUGUGGUCUCUACAUUAUUGAUAUGUAUUUACAAAGAAGGCCUUACUUAUUUUGAAAA